AUGGCAUCCUCAGCUCGUCAGACGAUUUCGCAGGCCCUUCGAGGCUCAGGCAGCAAGCUGCGCCAGUCCAGCACCAGCACGCUAGCUGUCCCCGAAACGGGUGUCAAGAGGCCUUCGUAUCGAUACAAAUACCUUUCCGAACCACAUACCGCUGCAAUCAUCCCAUGUCCAUUCAAUGGCGGUCAAGGCCGCAAAGGCGUCGAGCUCGGUCCUAAUCGUCUCAUCCAAGCUGGACUCCCUUCCCAGCUCACUUCCCUCGGCUGGAGCGUCUCAUACGACCCUUCCGAAGACCCCCGUGAGGCAGUCGCCCCGCCGCUACCCGAGGGAGAUGCGCCCAUCGGAAGGAUGAAGAACCCGAGGCUGGUCAGUGAGGUGAACAGGAAGCUGAUGGGACGGGUGGGGGAUGCGGUGGGGAAGGGGUGGCUGCCUGUCACGUUGGGAGGGGAUCAUAGUCUGGGUAUGGGAACAGUAGCGGGUACCAAGUCGGUCCACCCCGAUGCUGCGCUGAUAUGGGUGGACGCACACGCCGACAUCAAUACCCCCGAAACCACUCCCUCUGGAAAUCUACACGGCCUGCCCGUCUCCUUCCUCCUCGGUCUGUCAGGGACGGACGUCGCGCCCUUCAACUCAUGGAUGAAGCCUUGUCUCAGACCGACCGAUAUCGUGUACAUUGGUCUCCGCGACGUCGACGAGGGCGAGAAACGCCUGCUCCGCGAGAACGGCAUCCGCUGCUUUACGAUGCACGAGGUCGACAAGUACGGAAUCGGCAGGGUGAUGGAGAUGGCGCUAGACCAUGUGAUGGGUGGGAGGGAGAUGCCACUGCAUCUGAGCUUUGAUGUGGAUGCGCUGGACCCGACUGUUGCGCCCAGUACUGGUACACCUGUCAGAGGCGGUCUGACGUUCCGAGAGGGACACUACAUCACCGAGGCGGUAGCAGAGACAGGCUGCUUGGUGGCUUUGGACAUUAUGCGUCAGGAGGUCAACCCAUCCUUGAAGGACUCGAUGUCAGCGGACGAGACGGUAGCGGUAGGGUGCAGUCUUGCGCGCGCGGCUUUGGGUGAGACCUUGCUGUAA